CACUUCAGCCAUCAAAAGCUUCUGCGCUUCUUCUCAUCUCCUUCCAUCACCCUGCUGUUGGAGGCAGCACCCAUCAUCAUGGCUAGCAUCACUGGCACUCCUGGUGGCUCAACCUCACGCAACGAGUCCAAGAUCUUCGACAACGACAAGGACUUUGACAUCAUCAUCCACUUUGGCGAGCACAAGUUCCACGCUCACCGCAUCAUCCUUCGUGUUAUGUCGACAUUCUUUGACAGAGCUCUCACCUCGCAGUUCGCGGUUGCCCAAAACCCCGUCUUCGAGCUCGGUGAUGAUGAUGACGCUGAGGCUGUUUGGGCCAUGUUCCGUCACAUGUACAACAUUGACUACUUCCACGACCCUGCAUCCACCAACGCUCGCUCUCUCGACUUUCAUGUUGCAGUCUUCACCGUCGCAGACAAGUAUGACUGUCCUCUUCUGCGCAAGAACGUUGUCGACAAGUUCGGUGCAAUCAUGCACUCUCAGCUCACGAAAGGCCAACUCGAGAAGGUCGUCUCAAUCAUCCCCAAGAUCUGUGGUCCGACUGCCCCGCUACUCGCAGAUCGUUCGCUUCGCGACAAGGUGGCUGAUGUCUGCUUGGUCCACUUCCAGACACUCAUUAGCAGUCAUGCCUUUACCCAAGCUCUCACCAAGGGUUGCAUAUUUGAUGACCGUGGCGCUACGAAGCUCCUCGUGUACGUCUUGGGUACUUCUACCAUCACAAUUCAUGAUCCUAAAGUCGAAUACAUACUUCGAGCCGCUGCCGCCAAACUGAUCCCUAAGUAGACAUUAGACGAACAAGGCAUUUCACGGAUUCUCAAUCCUUCUCAUGUGGUCUUAGGUUGAUUGUCAGAGAUCAUGCACCGUGCGGAAGUUGGGCUGAUAAAAGUAGAAGAGAACGGGUAUUUGGAGAAGGUCAAAGCAGACUCUUAAUGAGACUCAGUGACUUUUUUAAUGCCAAACGAAAAAAACGAUCCCAUGCCUG